UCUCCUCCUGCUGUCGUCCUCUCUCUCUCUCUCCCCCGUGCGCCGCAGCGCCGCAAGGUGGUGGCCGGCCGGCGAGCUCCCGCGAGCAGGGGCGCUGUCGUCCCGCAUCCUCGCCGAUCUCUCAGGGGUGGGGUUGUGAGAGGCAGCAUGUCUUACAUGCGCGGCAGCCUUCUCGCCAAGACGCAGAAGCUGGUGAAGGGCCUGGCGAAACCUGCCCCCGCAUGGCUCAAGGCCAUGGAGCAGUCACCUCCACCCACAUUCCCUCGUGUUGAUGGGAAGAUUAAGAAGAUAGAGUUGCCAGAAGAUGUUUAUGUCAAGAGGUUCUUCAAAAAGCAUCCAGAUUCACUCUACCAUGAUGCAAUCAAGAUAAGCGGGUUUACUCCACCACCAGCACGGGUUUUUGCUUGGCGUGUCUUAGAGUUGAAACAACAAGGAGUCAAUGAAGAGGAUGCAAUGGCUGUAGCAGAUAUGGAGUAUGUAGCUGAGAAGAAAGCAAAGAAGAAAGCUUAUAAGGAGCUGAAAGAAAUUGCACGUAGUGAAGGAAGAAGGCCACCUCCAAAUCCAUACCCAAGUGCCAUCAAAGAAAUACAGGCAGAGGAAAAGAAGUAUGUUAGAGAGCGUUUCCAUAACCCCAAGAUACUUGAGAUUGUGAAGAAGAUGAAAGAGGAUAAGGAGUUGUUUUUUCAAGAUAGAGAAUCCUCAAGGGCUGGGCAGUAGCUGAUGUUGGUCUGACUGGUCAACUAGGUACUUCUGCAUAUGACAUUAACAAUUUUUUGUUUAAACCUGACUGUUUUACUUUGCCAUGAAGAAAUAAUAUCUGCAUGCAUCAUGUUUGGAAGGUAGCAAA